UGCGCACUGCCAACAACAUCAAUCCUAGAUAAAGGCACACUGGAGCUCCUCUAAUCACGUGACUCCUUUGUAUUCACCUCCUGUCCAGUCAACCCAAACCUAUCUUGGUCUCUCACCCCCAGGAUUGGAGCAAUCUUGAAAGAAAUUGCAAAUCAAAUAUCACACGCAUUCUCUCUACGCCGAGAAUACCUCAUUUUCCCUCUUCAUUUUCUUAACCAUGGCUUCUCGCUCUAGGAAGAGAAUCUCUGAUGAUUUCAUUGACGAGGAUGAACCUCCUCGUACGAAAAAAGCCAAGAAUAAUGCUGCAUCCCGAUCAGGUGGCCUGAGCAGAAGAGAAGAUGCGAAUGGAGAAAGCUAUUGGGAAAUAUCGAAAAUGCGCCGUGUGACUAUAUCCACUUUCCGCGGUAAAACCAUGGUCAAUAUCAGGGAGUACUACGAAAAGGACGGUCAAGAGCUUCCUGGAAAAAAAGGCAUCUCACUGCCUACCGAUCAGUUUUCGGCAUUGGUGGCUUUACUACCUGAUAUCGAGACUGCCCUUCAGGAGAAGGGAGUGUCGAUUUCGCGCCCUAAUUAUGCUGGACAGCGGGCUACUUUCGGUGCUGAUGAAGAAGAGGAGGAUUCCACUGACGAGCUUUCAGCACCUGGCCCUACCCGCAAGAACAUUGAGGCCACGAGUGAUGAGGAUGAAGAGGAGGAAUAGCUUUAAAAUAACGGGCGUUAAUGGUCUUCCCUAUGACUUCUUGUUGUGGAUUGAUUUCGGGAUAUGUCCCCACAACUUUCUCUCAUACAAUCUUAUGUAUCAGGCAGGCGUUUCGUUAUUGUUCACGCAGAUUACCAUAUCUAUCAAUAUAAUCAGCCUUCCAAGAAUAAAUCGAUUGUCACUCAGGUAAAUCAAGCUGGGGCAUGGGAUGGGUGGA